CAAAAUAUUGUGUGGUUUACAGAAUUUAUAUUUAAAAUUACCUACCCAUUAUUAUUAAUUGUGAUAAGUUAUUUAUUCACAUAUAUUUCAGUUUCUUAUUUAUGACAUCUAAACAAUAUUAACAAAAUAUAACAAGAACAUUUGAAAAGGAAUAUCUGUUGAACUUUUAUCCAAUUGGGUGUAAAACAUGCUAAAACCUAAAGCAUUAACUCAAGUACUGAGCCAGGCAAACACCGGAGGUGUCGAAAAUACAUUACUUCUUACUCACCAAGGAGCACUCUUAGCUUAUUCUGGCUAUAAUGAUAAAGAUGCAAGAGUCACUGCUGCUAUUGCGAGUAAUGUUUGGUCUGCUUAUGAAAAACAGGGAAGAAAUGUAUUCAAAGAAGAAAAGUUAGAUUUAAUAUUAGUGGAUUGUCAAAAUGGUAAAAUUGCAGUAACACAAGUUGCUAAUUUGUUACUUUGCUUAUAUUCUAAAGAGAUUGUUGGGUUUGGUAUCUUAAGGGAAAAGAUUAAAGCAAUUGCACAAUAUUUAGAGGGUCCUCUUAAGCAAGUGGCCAAUUCAUAGUAAAUAAGGAAUUUUUGAAAUUAAAUUUGUUAUCAUACAUCAAAACAAUAUAACAUAGAUUACUUUUAUAUAAAUAUAAUAAUAGCUUUAUACUUUAAACUAUAUAAAAUGAUGCUGAUGUUUAACAUCUUUUUAAGUGAAAUAAUCCUAAAAACGUGCAAAUUAUCCCUUUAAAACAAAAUGAUUGAUUUUUGAAUUAGUACAAGAUGUAUAAAAUAACAACUAAUCCACUUAGUAAAUGAAUUGUAAUUUUUGCAGGAGACCUAGAACCUUUUAUUAUGCACAGCACAGGCAUAAAAUAAAUAUCAAAUUAAAUAUUUAAGAAAA